UUACCUGCUCCCCGGGAGUGCCGGGCUGGACCGGAGCACCCUGCCCCUCCCGGUCGCCGGGGCUGCUAAACUGGCUGGUCCUGGCACGGGAUCAGCACGUCAGGGGCAAAGAGCUCCCCGUUUCCAUCCUGCGCCCCCCCGCACCCUCCCUGCACCCCGAGGGGCCUCGGCUCGCCCAUCCUGGCACACUGGGUGCUUGGCCCUGGGUUCCAUGCCAUCCUGGCAAAGGGCGCCAGCUGGGUGGGGACAGGUGAGCCUGGCAGCUGUGGGGACCCCCCGCCGCACUGUGCCCCCUGGGCGUUGGCUCUGCCACGGGGCAUUUCUGCCCGGUGUCCCCCUGGGGCCAGUCUGGACUUGCUCCUCCUCUUGUGCAAACAGGGUUUGGGCAGAUAAGGGGCACUGCCAGCGCUGCCCGGCAAACCUGCUCUGUCCCACGUGGCCACGGGAGAGUCCCCACCACGCCUGGCCCUGAGGGUGGCCACAAGGGCUGGGUCGGCACGAGUCCCUGUGCCUUGGCACUGCCCGCUGCUGCCACGCUGCUCUGCUUGUCCCCAGCAGUGCUGUGCCCGUGCCACAACAGCUUGAGAAGCUCUUUGAUUUCUGGAUUUCUGGGAUUUGAUACUGGCUAAAUCCCAGUUUUCUGUGUGAUAAAAACCACCUGGGAAAUGAUCCCUGUGAAGCUGGGAGGUGGGGCAGGUGCUGCUGCCCUGCCAGGACCCUGCCAGGGUCCUGCCAUGUGGUUGCUCAGCAGCUCUCUCCUCCAAGGUCUGGGGCCAGGAUCUGCCAUCGCAGUGUCUCCAAAGAGCUCAGCGACAGCCGUGUCACCGUCUCCAUCCCGUUCAGGCAAAACCUCGAGAUCAGCCCCACCUCCAUCAUCUCCAUCCAACACCACCACCACAACAACAACAACUUCAUCCAGUACCUCGAGAUCAACAAGACCUCCAUCAUCUCCAUCCAACACCACCACCACAACAACAACUUCAUCCAGUACCUCGAGAUCAACAACACCUCCAUCAUCUCCAUCCAGCACCACCACCACGACAACAACUCCAUCCAGUACCUCGAGAUCAUCAAGACCUCCAUCAUCUCCAUCCAACACCACCACCACAACAACAACUCCAUCCAAGACCUCGAGAUCAGCCCCACCUCCAUCUCCAUCCAGCACCACCACCACGACAACUCCACACAAUAACUCGGGAUCAACACCACCUCCAUCAUCUCCAUCCAACACCACCACAGCUCCAUCUUCAGCCAGGACACCGGGAUCAACAACACCUUUGACACCCUCAUCCAAUGCCACCACGGCACCAACUCCAUCCCACACGAGCGUGUCCAGAUCCACAGAGCAUCCAUCCAACUCAACCACACCGCCAGCCCCAUCCUCACCCAGGCCCUCUGGGCCUGCUUCUCCCAGCUCCCCCACGCCCACCGUGAGCCCCAACAGCACCAGCACUGUCACCACCAGCUCCAGAACGACAGCAGCCACUGGCAGCACAGCUGGGAGCUCCGGGCAGCGCCCCACUGAGCUGAGCCCUGGUGUGGUCGUCCUCAUCUCCCUCGCCGUCUGCCUGCUGGUGGCGGGGGCGGCCAUGCUGCUGGUGCGGCUGUCCCGGCGCGGGACCCCCCCCUUCCAGCACCUGGAUGAGGUGCCCAUGAGCAAAGUGAUGGAGGGGUCCCCCGUCACCCCCCCCACCCCCAGCUGACCCCCCCCCCCCCCCCCCCCCGCUGCAG